AUGGGCGCACACUCGCAUCGGGCGCGCCUACUUCUGGGGCUACUGCUGCUACUACCAGUGGCCGGCAGCUCCGAGGCCGAGCACCGGCUGUUUGAGCGGCUGUUUGAAGAUUACAAUGAGAUCAUUCGGCCUGUGGCGAACGUGUCUGACCCCGUCAUCGUCCAGUUUGAAGUGUCCAUGUCUCAGCUGGUGAAGGUGGAUGAAGUGAACCAGAUCAUGGAGACCAACCUGUGGCUCAGGCAAAUCUGGAAUGACUACAAGCUGAAGUGGAACCCCGCUGACUACGACGGGGCAGAGUUCCUGCGGGUCCCCGCACAGAAGAUCUGGAAGCCCGACAUCGUGCUCUACAACAAUGCGGUUGGGGAUUUCCAGGUGGAUGACAAGACCAAAGCUCUGCUCAAGUACACGGGGGAAGUGACUUGGAUCCCUCCGGCCAUCUUUAAGAGCUCGUGCAAAAUCGACGUGACCUACUUCCCAUUUGAUUAUCAGAACUGCACCAUGAAGUUUGGGUCCUGGUCCUACGACAAGGCGAAAAUCGACCUGGUUCUCAUCGGCUCCUCCAUGAACCUGAAGGACUACUGGGAGAGCGGCGAGUGGGCCAUCAUCCGAGCCCCAGGCUACAAGCACGACAUCAAGUACAACUGCUGUGAGGAGAUCUACCCAGACAUCACGUACUCGCUGUACAUCCGGCGCCUGCCGCUCUUCUACACCAUCAACCUCAUCAUCCCCUGCCUGCUCAUCUCCUUCCUCACUGUGCUCGUCUUCUACCUGCCCUCUGACUGCGGCGAGAAGGUGACUCUCUGCAUCUCCGUCCUUCUCUCCCUGACUGUCUUCCUCCUGGUGAUCACCGAGACCAUCCCCUCCACCUCGCUGGUCAUCCCCCUCAUUGGCGAGUACCUUCUGUUCACCAUGAUAUUUGUCACCUUGUCCAUUGUCAUCACCGUCUUCGUACUCAACGUGCACUACAGAACCCCCACUACACACACGAUGCCCACGUGGGUAAAGACCAUAUUCUUGAACUUGCUUCCCAGGGUCAUGUUCAUGACCAGGCCGGCAGGCAAUGAGGGCAGCACUCCGAGCCCCAGGCCCGUCUACAGUGCCGAGCACUCCAGCCUGAACUGCUUCAGCCGCGGGGAGUCCAAGGGCUGCAAGGAAGGCCACCCCUGCCAGGACGGGCUGUGCGGGUACUGCCACCAUCGCAGGCUGAAAAUCUCAAACUUCACCGCCAACCUCACAAGAAGCUCCAGCACCGAAUCUGUUGACGCCGUGCUCUCGCUUUCUGCUCUGUCACCAGAAAUCAAAGAAGCCAUCCAAAGUGUCAAGUACAUUGCUGAAAAUAUGAAAGCACAAAAUGAAGCCAAGGAGGAACAAAAAGCCCAAGAGAACCAACAACCGAAACCAGAAGAAAAGUCCACAGAAAUAGCCGAUCAAGGACCUGAGCUAUGA